AUGGAACGGCGGUUUUUCUCCAAGGGUGGCUUUGUGGACCUCCGUGACCUGCGGCUGGAGCUUCAUGGCCUAGGGGGCGAGGUGAUCUUCAGUAUUGGCUCCUUGGCGCUGGAGCGGGACACGGAGGGUGGCGACACCACCGUGAACUUGGAUUCCGUGGCAGUGGAGGUGGUCUCUGGAGGUGGCCACCAGACGCUGCUGGAGCACUUGGGCCUGCAGGCCAUUCUGAAAGGUGGCCAGGAGGGCGAGACCCAAGAGGACACCACGGAGCUUCAGGUGGUGCUCUCAGAGAUCACGGACUUCCCACCGCAGCUGGCGGCCACGCCCGCGGCCCUCCAGGUGCUGAAGGACCUGGUGGAUGCGUACCUCCAGGGCCUCAGCGCCGGCCGCGCGCUGCUGCGCACCACCCUGAAAGAUGCCCCGGAGCCCCCGCUCACCCGCGAGGCGGGAGGAUGUUAG